UCACGAUGUCUCAAGCCCCCCCGCUUCCGCAUCGGAAUUCACUGUCGGAACUGACUAAUCGCGGCCCGCACUUAGCGCCUCGCAUCCUCGCAUCCUCGCAUCGGUGAGGUAAACGGCCAAGCACGAGUCGCCGCGCCCACGACAACCGUGAACAACGCACGCGCAACCAUGUCUGGAGGCUGGAACACGAUCGAGUCCGAUGCGGGUGUUUUUACAUACCUCAUCGAGAAGCUCGGCGUUAAGGAUACACAGUUCGCGGAGCUCCUGACACUCGACGCCAACGACCUGAGAUCACUCGGCGACGUCUACGGCGUCAUCUUCCUCUUCAAGUACCCCACAGGCGAGAAACCAACAGAGGUACCAAAGGACGGCACCUUCGACCACGAGGCGGCAAACAGCCUCUUCUUCGCGGCGCAGACGAUCCAGAAUGCAUGCGGCACACAAGCGCUGAUCUCGGUGCUGCUGAACAAGGAGGGCGAAAUCGACAUCGGCAAGGACCUGAAAGAGUUCAAGGAAUUCGCGGGCGAAUUUCCGCCCGAGCUGCGCGGAGAGACACUGUCGAACUCCGAUCUGAUCCGCGAAACACACAACUCGUUCGCCAGAUCCUCGCCCUUCAUCGACGAGACACAACGCACGGCGACAGAGGACGACGAUGUCUACCACUUCAUUGCCUACUCGUCCAUAAACGACAAACUCUACGAACUCGACGGCCUCCAGCCCGCGCCCAUCUCCCACGGCCCGUGCACAAGCCAAGAGUUCCCCUCCAAGAUCAUCCCCGUCCUGCAACGGCGCAUCGACCGCUACCCCGCCAACGAAAUCCGCUUCAACCUCAUGGCAUGCGUGCGGGACCUACGUAUACGGGCGAGAGAGUUUGGCGACGAGGACGGGCUAGAGGAGCAGGAGGAGCAGCGCGCAAAGUGGCUGUGGGAGAACUCGUUACGGCGGCACAACUUUGUGGGCUUUGUGGGCGAGCUGUUGAAGGGUGUGGUCAAGGCGAAGUUGGAGCAGGGUGAUGGCGCGUACGAGAAGUGGGUCGAGGAUGCUAAGAAGCAGACGGUGGAGAGGAGGGAGAAGGCGAGGAAGCAGGGCACGGCUAUGGAAUAGGAUGAUCAGGUCGUCUGGAGAGACGAGGCGAGGAGGCCGUAAUGGAAGCAUGCAUGCACACCACCCCCCGGUUCACCUGAAGAUAUGCGCCGCGCGGGAACUCUGCCGAUUUCGUUGACUGCAUGCGACAGCCCUGUCAGUCCGUUUC